AGGCUGUAAGCGGGAGGUCUGUGCCCGAUGGAAAAAAUGACAGAUCAUUGUACGCACGCCGCGCAUGCUCCGCGCGCGUCUUCCCGCGCUUUUUGAGCGCGAGAUUUGAAAACGGAACAUUUAUGAAUCGAUUUUUUUAUUUAUUAUAAUUGGUGAACGAUUUUUUUAUUGAAAUAUUAAAAUGUUUCGUGCUUUAAUAGAUAAAUAGAACGCCAUUUAGAAAAAAAAAAUCCUAGAAUAAUUAGAAAAUUAUUCAAAAGUGAUGUGACAAUCUAUUUUUUAUAACUAGUGCGAUACUUAACAAGAACUGUUAACCAAAAUGGUGUUACCAAGUUCAACUAUGAAAAAUAAUAAGAACAAAAGUGUGAAUAGUGUAGUAACAUAUUUUAUCAGUGCGUGUCGAAAAUUAACUCGUUUUGAGAGCAUUUAUGCGGGUCUUUUUGUGUUAUUUGUGCCAUCAGUAUUCAGUGAAACAGAUUGGUCAAGCCAGCUGACUUACGACCAAAUAUACAACGGUACCAAGUACGCCCAAAUACCCACCGUUUCCAGGCCAUAUACCUCAGUCAGUAGCUUAUUAAACCACCACCGAAAUAACCCUAGGUUUACUUACAAUGACACGGAAAACGAAGUUGAGAGUUCACACCGGUUUAAAGAUGCCAGUGGACCUAUACUGGUUGGGUUUGCAAGAGACCCCUUCAGGUAUUCGGUGCCGGAGGAUGAUUAUAUGAAAGGAGUCAGGAACAUAGAUCCUCAAGUCUACAUGAAUAAGUCAGAAAACCGCGGCAAGCGUGGCGUCUUCCAUCUGUACAACAUGUUGUACUGUGCAACUGGAUGCGACCCUUUGUCUUAUAAGGGCUAUGGAUGUUACUGCGGGUUCCUGGGAUCGGGGAGACCUACAGACGGUAUUGAUAGAUGUUGCAAACUCCACGACGAGUGCUACGAGAACAUCUACUGCCCAUUCUACACGGUGUACCUGCAGCCUUACUUCUGGAAGUGCUACCACGGACAGCCGUUGUGCGCGCUCGAGAACUUUGACACGCAGAACGAUGUAGUCAACGGCUGUGCCGGCAGGCUUUGCGAGUGUGACAGACAAUUCGCGAUGUGUGUGCGAAGAUACCGGUGUCCAAGAAAGCGCGCCCUCUGUCGCUCCUCGCCUAUACGACUGCUGCAAAACUUGCUUAUGUUUCGAUGACGAAUAUAGCUAGCUAUAGUUAUAAUGAUUACCUCAGCUAAUUAUAGUUACCAAUCAUUACGUCGAUUCUAUAAAAUUCUCACAUUUCACUUCGACAUCACUCUCACUUCGCAUUCGGUUCAAAACGUUCUAAAGUUUCGUGAUUGAAAUUGUCAAACUACACUAGCGCUACUCUUUCGAGCGUGUUGACGAGUUGAACUAAAUUAAACUCGAGAUUUUGACAGAUAGGGGAGGUAGGGGAGAGAUGGGCAGUUGGGAGACAUGAGCACCCCCCUUUUAUUCUGAUUUGAUCAUAGUUUUGUUUUUUUUUUUAUUGGGUAGUCUACUUUACCUACUGGUAACGGUGUUCAUCCAUAGACUAUCUGUCAUUUCUGUGAGUUAUCAAGAACAAACACUCGUAAAAGUAAAUAUUUUGUUGCGGUUUCGGAUCGUUAUAAAUAUUUUUAACUAUUGUCAAUUACAGAAAGAUGCAGUUAAAUUCAAAAAGAAUGGUUUGCGACGGGAAAUUCCUAAAUAUUUAAUAUAACGAGCAAUACAAGAGGUAUCAAAAGGUUCAAAAAUAAAAAUAGCAGCUGAUAAAUAUGGAGUCCCUAGAUCAAGUUGGCAACGGUACCUGAAACAAGAUUCUAUAAAGGAUUUUUCGCGCAGAUUUAUAACCUCACAAAUUUUCAGUGACGAAGAAGAACAAUUUACAAAUUACCUAUGGAUAUAAAGUGAUUUAAAGAUGCCCAAGCCUCCCACAUGGUAUGUCCAAGCCUCCCUACCAUAGGGAGCAUUGGACACUUUUGACUUAGUUUAUAAAAUAUCUCGUAAUGUUGAAACUGAUUGUAAUUUUUAGGAAAGCUCUUUGAUUAUAUCUAGCCAAACAUAAGAAAUGGCAAUAAAAGUUGAUUAUCUAUAAAAUCUGAUUUUUUAUGCAAUAAAUAGUGAAAAAGUGCCCAUCCCUCCCCUAUGUCGAAGUGAAAUGCGAGUUGUUUGUUCGAAUUGUAUAGAAUCGACGUACAUAUUACUUAUCCCAAUAUUACAAGGUGUUUAAUGUGAAAAUACUUCAGUGUGGCUAUAUUUCAUCUGGGUGUUCGAAGUCAUUCACAAGGCAUGCGCAGCUGGGGUAAAAACGCUGGCGGAAGCUAGUAAACUUUUAAACUCGUUUCUAAGAUUGGUAUUGUACAUAAUCUUUAAAACUUAGUUCAAUUUUUCUCAUCAAUUAGAUAUUUUGCCAUGACAAGUAAUGAUAGAUACUUUUUAACAUGAUGACUUUUUCGAAGGGACAUUAAAAUCGGGUAUGGGAACAUGGUGGUCAUUUUUGUAAAUAUUAUAUUGUACAUAAAACCUAUAGAAAAUCCUUUAAACAUAGUUACCAAGUCAUUCCUGUGGAAUGGUUACCAUAUUAUAUUCAUAUUUAGUUAAAUAUCCAAAAGUAUAUGUAAAUAAAUAAAUAAAUUGAAAUCUUA